CGCCAACCAGCAGCCAGAGUCUCCCACACCGACAAACAUGCAGUUCCUUCAGGCUGUCCUGGUGAUUGCGGCGUUGGUGUGCACGGCGGCUGCCUACCCUGGUAUCUAUGGCUACCAGCAAGGUGAAGCACUGUCGGGUGGCCACGGAGGAUACAGCGAACAUGCCGACUACUAUGCUCACCCGCAGUACAAGUUCGAUUAUGCCGUGCACGACCCGCACACGGGCGACGUGAAGAACCAGUGGGAGACCAGGGACGGCGACGUGGUGAAGGGCUCCUACAGCCUGGUCGAGCCCGAUGGCUCAGUCAGGACCGUCGACUACACCGCGGACAAGCACAACGGCUUCAACGCCGUGGUCAAGAAGUCCGGCCACGCGGUCCACCCCCAGCACGUGUCGCACUACGGCCACGGCGCCUACUGAACCUACGCUACAUCAGACUGCCGACCUCAUCCCAUUCUCGCAUUGUACAAACUUCUCUAUUUUAUUAAAAAAAACUUUCUUGUGUAAACAU